UUUAAAUAGAAAUAGUGUUAAUGAUUUAUAAAAAUUAAUAUAAUAGUUAUAAUUAAAAAAGAUAGACAAAAUGAUGAAAAUUUAAAACUAAUAGAAAGAAAUAAUAACAAUUGAUUUAUUAUAACAAUAAUUAAAUGAUAGAAAGUAAAUACAUUAAAGUUAUUCAGAAAGCUAAAUAUAAAAUGAUUUCUAUUAAGUCUAAAAAACUUUAAAUUAAUAAUCACUAGAAGAAAAGAAAAACUAUUUAAAAAGUUUACGAAACCUUUAAAAAUAAUAAAAUUUAUAAACUUCGCUUAAAAAAAUUACUAGUAAAAUUGAAAAUACAUUUUAAAUGCUUUAAAAAAAAAGUGAAACAAAAACUUCAAUUGAUAAUAGAAGAAACUUAUAUGAUGAUUAAUUUGAAGAAGAUAAAUAUUUGAAAGAAUUAAAAUCUAUUGUAGAUAAAUAGUCAGCAAAAUUAAUAGGAAAUUAUUAUAAACAAUAUGGAAUUAAAAAUGUUAUUAAAGGUUUAGAUAAUUCUGAAUAAGUGCUAUUAAAGAAAGUUAAUUGGGAAAUUAAUAAAAAUGAUGAAAAUAAUGAAUAGAAAAUAUAAAGUGUAAAAAAUGUUGUAAAUCUUAUUUAGCCUCUUGAAAAUAAAAUUUAAAGAAUUUCAAAACUAGCUGAGGUUUUAGAUUUUGAUUUAAAUAAAAGAAAAUCUUUAGGAGAUAUGUAUAUUGAAACUAUUUAGGCUAAACUAAAUGUAAUGGACAUUAAUAUAUUAGAAACGAAUCCUAAAAGUUAAGAAAAUAUAACAAAAUUAAAUAUUACUCAAUCUAGUAAUUAUUUGUAAAAAGAUUAUAAAUUAUCUUUAUUAACUCCUUUAAAGAAUAAAUCUUAUUCUAGUAAAAAAAUAAAAAAUAAUUAGAUAAUUUUGUAAAAGGAAAAAUUAUAAAAUUAAAAAAUAAAUGAAUUAUAUUUAGAAAAUUAAAAUUUAAAAGAAAAACUUAAAUAGCAACUUUUACUAAAUAAUAAUUAAACUGAAAUCUUAAAUAAUAAUUUUAAAUCAAAUGAAACUAUUUCUACAGAUAAAUAAAGAUUUUAACCUAAUUACUAAAUAAAGGAUAUUAAAAAAGAUAUACUUGAAUAUGAGAGCAAAAAGAAAUAACAAAAUUUUAAAUAUUAAUAUAAACCCUAAGUAUAUAAAAAUAAAUACUUUCCAAAAUAUCCCGGUUUUUAAUAAAAAUUUUAAACUUAAGAUUCUUAAGUUAAUGAUUUAGAAAAAAAGAUGCUUGAAUAGCAAUAACUGUUAAACAAU